AUGGAAGCCGCUUUCGUUGAGUCUAGGAAGACUGUCGUAUAUGAACCCACCACGGAGGCAUCAGGGUACAGCAGCACGAGUAACUCCACAUGGGACAGUGUCGCUGGCCUUCAGUUGAUACGCCACGUCAGCAGCAACAUCCCGCCCAGCAGCUGCAACAGCUCUCAGAGCGGCUCAUCAUGCGACUCGUUUUGCCUUGACGAAAUGGUCUCCGAGUUCAUCGAGGAAGACAGCGACGUUGCUGACGACGCUGGCGACGGUUAUGACUGUCACAGGAACAAGCUCCCGGUCUCUCAAGCGAGGUCUGCCAAAAAAUCCAAAUUGGAACCGACAGUAGCAGCAGCGCAUGACGGCUCAACCCAUUAUGGCGAAAACGACGGUGCAGGGCGUGACUCGGCGAGAUGCGUCAGCGGGAAACGGGAGAAUCACGUGUACGACGCUCCUGCUGAUACGUGGCGGUGUCAAUUUUGCGGAGGGGCCCAGUGUAACGGCCUGGACUGCCAGCUGCGUCUGAGUUACCAUCACGGUGGCCUUUGUGCGAAUCAAGGGACGGAUAACAGCUCGUGCAGCGAAAUAGAACGACUCGCCUCCAUGAUCGAGCCACUCAGCUGUUGUGAGACCCCAGAAGAAUAUUCAAUUUCCGAUGUCGUCUCCGCCGCUAUGGAGCAUUCGAGGAACCUGUCUGCCGACGUCAGCACAAGCAGCGGCACUGUACGCAACGCGGUGGUGCAGCAGUUGCGGAGUCGGGGAUAUGAUGCUGCUGUGUGCUACUCUCAGUGGGACUACUCCAACGGCGUCCCUGAUGGCUCUCACGAGUACUGUGACGUCGUCCUUCAUCCAUCCUCCCCACAUCGUCAACCUGAGCGGCUCAUAGUUGACCUAGACUUCCGGGCACAAUUUCAAGUCGCUCGUCCGACUCCGCAGUACAGUUACAUCUUGCAGCUGACCCCUGUUUCUUUUGUCGGCUGCCCGGACCGGCUGCACCGACUGGUGGAGAUUUUAUCAGAGGCGAUGCGGCUCUCUCUGCAUGCCCAGGGCAUGCACGUGCCACCCUGGCGCCGACACCCAUACCUCUCCGCCAAGUGGACAGCCGUUUAUUCACGCCACAUCAGCAGCACUUCUGCAGAUUGUUCAAGGGAUUCUGAAUCAUCUGCUGCUGCUGCUACUGCUACUGCUAAUGCAUCAGCUGCUACGUCUGGCCCUGCUACCGUACCUGAAUCAAACCGCAUGCAAAUUCCAGAGCAACUGAACACAAGCCAUUUGGGCUUUCCUCGUGCACUCAAUCACGCUCGCCAGCACAGGCCGAGAGCUGCUGUGGUGGGCCUACUGGCGAGAGGCAUGAAAGAGCUGGCUCUCCACCGUCAGGCAGUGGUUUGA